AUGGCAGGCGACCCCGCGAAACGUAACCAAAAUAUGUAUUGCGAGUAUCACCAAGAGCCGGGCCACACCACCGAUGAUUGCAGGAAUCUGAAAAACCACUUAGACCAGUUGGUCCGAGAGGGGAAGUUAAGACAUCUGUUGCAUCAUCCUACUGGAUGGCAGGAGCAGUUGAACAUCGAAAUAAGACAAAGCACAUUGAGACCACCCAUUGGCAUGAUAAAUGUCAUUCUCGCGGUAUCAGGAAGGACCGACUCCCAUUCUUUCAGAGUAAUGUCGGUGGGCCGGCUCCCCGCUGAAGCUGAGGACCGGGAGUCCAAGAGGGCUAGAGGGAUGGCCACGCCUCUAAUCGGAUUCUCGGAUGAGGACAAACUAGGAACCUUCCAACCCCACGACGAUGCCCUAGUCGUCACGCUCAGGAUUGAGGGAUAUGACGUGAAGAGGGUGCUAGUCGAUCAGGGCAGCGCUGUGGAAGUAAUGUAUCCUGACUUAUACAAUGGGCUGAAACUGAAACCAGAGGACCUGACAGCAUACAACUCCCCUUUAGUGAGUUUUGAGGGAAAAAUCUUCACUCCAAAAGACAUGAUUAGGCUGCCUAUACAAACAGGCUCGAACGUAGUGGAGGUGGACUUCAUAGUGGUAGAUGCAUACUCCCCCUACACCGCCAUCGUAGCCAGACCGUAG